AUGUUACGUACCCGAAAAGCAACAGCAUUCGCAGCAGGUGUUUCGGGUUCGGGUUUCUGGGCCGGCCAAACUCUGGGGCGUGCAGCCCUGGGUUUUGUGACGGAGAGAUAUGGCGAGCGAAUUUGCAUCACGAUCUAUCUUGCCUUUGCUGUUGCCAUGCAGCUCAUCUUUUGGCUUGUGCCUAGCUUCAUGGCUUCUGCCAUCGCCGUGGUUUUCUUAGGAGUCUUCCUUGGUCCCAUGUUCCCGGGUGCCAUCACAGUAACUGCUAAGUUACUUCCCAAGCAUAUCCACCGGCUACAUGGUUUUGCUUUCCCCGAAUCUCUAGAUAUUCUGGUGUAUAUUCGAUGGUAG